GUGACGUGUAAUCGCUGCGGAAUCGAAACAUGGCAGCCUACAAUGUUUGGUCGAAAAUAAAAAUAAUAUUUAUGUUAUUAGUAAUAAUAGUUAAAUGUACUCAUACUGCUAUUAAACAGGAACGAAUUUCAAAUAAAAGGUUAUGUGCCGACGCACAGUGUAGCACUGUUAUAUCACGGGCUAGAGCUUUAGCCAGAUAUUCUGAAAAUCAUCCCUUAUUUCUAACUUUUAAUCAAGGUGACACAAUUUUAAUUAAAAGUAAAUCAGCUGGUGACAAUACAAGACUCUGGGGAGGGGAGUUAAAUGGUAGGUUUGGUUAUUUUGAUAAAAGUUUUGUGAGGGAGUAUCAAGUUUUAUUCCGUGAACCAUCAUUCCUGGUCAAUACAGAGAAAGAUAAAUUUGAUAACAUUGGAAAACAGCCUCUUCCAAGACGAGAAAGAAAAAAUAAUGAAGAGCCAGUGAAACAGGCUGCUCCAGUCCAGGCAGAAGAUAGCCAAGAUGUACAUGAGGAAAAAGUGGUAGCUGACCCUAUAGUUGAGAUCCCAAAUGGUGAUCAAGAUCCUACUAAACCACAAAAAGAUGCUGAUCCAUUAUCUCAACACUCUAACACAGAGUCUGAAGAAGAUAAAGAUGAUAGUGAUCAAGUUAAAGAUGAUGAACCUAAGGAACACAAAGAAGAGAUUGAAGACAAAAAAGUGGGUUUAGGCACAGAGAACUGGGAUCAUUUAAAUCAUGUCUAUCUUGACCCCGAGAGAGAUCGCUUUGACACUUCAGAUAUGAAUUCUUUUUUGAGGAGGAAAAUGGCAAACCUUGAUGGUAGAAGAGAAGAGCAUUCAAAAAAGCUGGUCAACCCAUUACAAGAUGGUGAAAGUAAACCAAUGAAAGAAGUAGCUGAAAAUGUAACCCCUCAUGCUGACAAGGAGAGCUCUCCUUUAGCAGAAGAUAAGCAAAGCUCAUUGAAUCUUGAAACAGUAGAAAAACAGGAACAAGUAAAGAGAGAAACAGUUAAGGCAGAGAUUUUGGAAAAUCAAGACAAAAAAACUGAUUCAGAUGUUGAAAAUGGAAAUUCUGAAGACCAAGAGGAUAAAACAAAGUCAAAGGAUGAAAAUAGAAAUCAUGGCGAUCAAGAAGAUAAAACAAAGUUAAAGGUUGAAAAUGGAAAUUCUGAAGGUCAAGAAGAUAAAACAGGGAUUAAAGAUGAAAACAGAGAUGAAGAAGAUGUUGAUACUGAUGAUGAAGAAAAGUCAGACACGGUAGGUGGCUUGAAAGAGCCAGAAAUAAUGAGGAAAGAAACAGUGGAUGAGAAAGCUGAUGAUGAUGAAAUGAUUCCAGAAGAACAAGAAGAGCAGGACGAGCCAGCAGUAGGUGGUGAUGAGGGCGGGUCUAGGGUUAAGAUUGUGGAUAGAAAGAAUGAUGUUGGUGUCCAGAUAUUUUCAAUGGAUGAUGAGGAAGAAGAAGAUGAUGGUAAUAUCCCUGUGUACGACCCUAGGUCUCCCUCUACAGGGGAUGUUAAUGCCAGGUUGCCAGAUAAAGCUGAGGCUGGAGGUAAGGACACAGAAAAACCUGAGGAGACUGACAACUGGAACCGGGCUGGUAUAAUUGAUAAGGUUGAAGAAGAGAAGAAACAGGAAGCUCUAGAGAAUGAACCACAGUCAGUAACACAAAACUUGGAAGAAAAUGAUCCAGUGGAACCUGAAUUGAAAGCAGAUCUUCCAACAUUGAAAUCAGACACACCUCUAGAAGAUCUAAAGACAGAGGAAGAAUCUUUUCACAUUAAGCAAGAUGGUGAGGACAAAACAACACAUAGUGAUUUAGAACAAGGGGAGCAGCCUGAAAAUGUUGUUGAGGCAAAUGUUCGUCCUGACACACCUUCAGGUAUCACAGCUGAGCAUGCACAAACAGCUGACCCUGUUGUGGUGUCUGAGGUCAAGCAGACAGCUGACCCUGUUAUGUCAGAGGUCAAGCAGACAGCUGACCCUGUGGUGGCAUCUGAGGUCAAGCAGACAGCUGACCCUGUUGUGGCAUCUGAGGUCAAGCAGACAGCUGACCCUGUUAUGUCAGAGGUCAAGCAGACAGCUGACCCUGUUGUGGUAUCUGAGGCCCAGCAAACAAAGUCUGCAGCGCCACCUGAUGGAGAUUCACAGAGUGGUCUAACAAAGGACAUCAUUCCUAACGCAGAUCAGUCAGAGCCAAGAGAAAAAAGUGCUGGUGGUACAGAUGCUAGUAUAAAAGAAAAAACUUCAGGGGCUGAUGAUGCUGGUCCUGUUGAUUUGGAUUACUUUCAAAGAGAUGAAAGCAUUGUGGUUGGUGAUGCCUUCAAGGAUUUUUUUAAAAGCAGCAAUAGUGAGCCUAAGAAAGUAGAUCUUUCAGAAGCUACUCCAGAGUUGGAUGCCCCAUCUGCCACUGUCAGGGCAGACAGCAUUGAACACUCCAGCCCUGACUCGAAGGAAACACUGAUAGAACCUUCCACGGCUGGCAAUGUUCAGACCAUCAUAGAGGGUGGCUCCACCAUACUGUUAGACGAGGAGGGCAAUUUCAUCACUGCUUUUCUUCAGGAUGAACAGCCAACAAAAGUGACUGACAGCAUCAUGUCCUCUGAGUUGUCAUCUUUGGAGAUCUCCCAGCUGAGGCCAACAGCAGUUGUUGAAAAUGCUACAGCAACUGAGUUUAUCCAAGAAAAACCCAGAGAUUACUCUGAAAUAUCACUGCAGAGUUCUAUUCUAGAUGCAUCAUUGAACAGCACAGCACAAAGCCCCAAUCCAGGGGACUCAGUCCUAGAGAAUCAGAUUGUCAAUGACAUAUACCAGAGCAGUGAGUUUAGCAGCCGUAAAGUUUUAUCAGUGAGCCAACAGCCUCCAUCCCCAGCACAGCCAGAGAAGAAGGUACAGCUCACUCAACAAGACAGUCCAGCAUCUGCAGGACAAGUCAACUCUGGUAGUCAAGCUGCUCACUCUACAGAUGACAUUAAGGACUCUUUAGAGAGUGGUCAUGAUGAUUCUUAUCAUCAUUCAGAGCAUGACCAUACAUCUCACACUGAUCAUGACCACCCCCACACACACACUGAUCAUGACCACCCACACACACACACUGAUCAUGACCACCCCCACACACACUCAGAUCAUGACCACCCCCACACACACUCUGGUCAUGGCCACUCUCACUCCCCGCACACACACUCUGAUCAUGGCCACCCACACACACAUGAUGAACUUCCUGAUGCUCCUGCACACAAUCACCAAGAGAGUGAGCUCCCUGAUGCAACAUCAUCUCAUGGGCAUAUAGAUAAUGAAAAGCUGGAAACAUCAACCCAGCCCUCUGUAGACUUCCAAGAAAUUCCAGCACCACCUCUCUCAUCAGAUGGCAUUCCUUCAGAUUAUGAAGCAGCCCAAAGCUUUCAGAGCAGAAAAAUCACUGAUGGGGAGCUGACUGAUGACAAAGAGGAGAUCACUCAAACUUCUUUUACAAAGAGCAUUGCCUUGUCUUUAGAAAGUUUUACCAAAGUCUUUGUUGAGAAGCUGCCCCCAUCAGUUCAGACUUUCCUGGAGAUGGAGCCCCUUGGUUUGUCCCCUAACAUGACUGUGCUGGUGACCAUCUUUACCCUGGUUUCACUGGUCAUUGUCAGCCUUACAUCCAGCUGCUCAUCUCGAGGGAAAAAACACAAGCUUAGAGAUACAUUGGAGGUCAUUCAAGAUCUUGAAGCCAAACUCCAGCUUGCCAUUAAAGAGAAGGAAAACAUUGAAGAUUCAAUCAAAGAAAGUAAAACUGAGAAUUUAAAGUUGAAGGAAGAACUGACAAAGCAUAAAAAAGACUCAGGAAAAAGUAGCAGUGAUUUUCAUGCCCUUCAGUCUGAAAAUGAAGCUUUAGUAAAACAAAUAGCAAUGUAUGAAUCUGAAAUCCAAAAAUUAAAUAUUAAUGCCAAUUCAAAGCAAGGGGAAGCUAAACAAACCAGUAAAAAGGCUAAAGAAUUAGAGAAGCAAAUAAAAAAGAUGGAAGAAAGAGAAAAGAAACUUGAACAGGAGAAUAGUAAGUUUAUGCUAGAAAUAAGACACAAAGAUGAAGAGAUAACAACCCUCAUGACAAAAUUGAACAGUCUGACUGAACAGACAGGGCACCUGCAGACUAGCAAAGACCAGGUGUGUAGCUUAAAUCUCAUUCAUUUGUCUAUUUUGUGUCAUCUCUUGGCUGAAGCUGAGGAUUGGAAGGAAAAAGUUAUAGAUUUAAAAGAAAGACUGGACCAGAGAGAAGAAGAGUUUAAACAGAUGCAAGAGACAAUUAGUUUUAAAGAAAAUGAGAUGGAGGUUUUAAAAGAUUGUUUUCUGCAACUGAAGUCAUUUGAAGAGGAGGAGGCUGAAGGCGAUGAUGGAGAAAAUAAUAAUGAACGUGUGCUAGAGAAGGUUAAAGCAAUGAUGGAUGUGUCUAAAGUGAAUGCUGCCCUGAGAGCUAUAGAAGAAGAGAAGGAUGUCUUAGCCAACAGACUGCAGAUUGAAUCAGAAGCUAGAAAAGAGCUUGAAGAGCAACUUGAGAACUCAAGACGCAGUGUUGAAACAAGCAUGGCAGACAAAAUGAAGGCAGAAAGACAAUGUCAAGAAGCUCAGACCAAACUCAAUGUUUUGUCAACAUACUUCAAAGAAAAGGAAAUGCAAUUACAAAGAGAGCUGGGUGAGCAGGAAGCCUUAAAAAAACAGAACCUGCAUAAAUUGGUGUCAGCAGAUGAAACCACCCGGUCCAUUCAGCAAGAAAUGGAGUUAAUAAGAACUCAAAAUGAGAGUUUGAAAAGAGAACUGACAUCUUCAGAGAGGGACUUCCGUUCACAGAUAGCAGCAAAUGAGAAAAAAGCCCAUGAAAACUGGUUAUCAGCUAGAGCGGCAGAAAGAGAAUUAAAAGAGGCCAGACAUGAGGCUGGUGUUUUGAGACAAAAACUAACAGACAUUGAAAGACGGCAAUUCAUGGGUCCAGGCGGAUUGAUUCGACCAUUACCAACUAGAGGAUUACCUCCCCCAGGAAUGAUGAAUGGACCACCACCUCCUGGUAUGGACAGAUCACCAUCUAGAGGCUCUAUGCCCCCACUGCCCCCUCCACAUUUGAGGGAUGAAGACUUUUUAAAUACAUCAAGAGAAAGAAUACCCAUUUCUCCAAUGGACCUUCGAAGAGGACCUCUGCCCCCUCCAGGCAUGCGACCCCCUCCUCCAGAAGCUCGUUCACCACCUCUGCCUCGCCUUCCUCUAUUCGGAGAUGCACGCUCACCACCACCUCGAAUGCCUCCACCUCCCAUGCUAGAGGGAAGAUCCCCCCCUCCAUAUGAUCGUAGACCCCCACCUCACAUGUUAGACAGACGUAGUCCACCAUUCCGACACCCUCAUCCAGAUAUGCUUCCCCCACCCAUGAGAGGGCCCCCACCACCACAUUAUGGCAGAGGAGGAUCACCCUCUUCAGGCACAGACUCUCCUCAUUUAGACAGACCAGAUGGGAGAUAUCCACCACCAUAUGCCAGGAACAAUCCACCAUUUCCCCCAGACAGGCCUUCACCUAGACAAAGUGGACAGCCAAGACAACAACAAAGUCAAGUUUAACCAAACCAUUUUAGAGUUUAGUGUUACAUAUUCAUUUCCAAGUAUAAAACCACAAACCAAAAAAACUAGUAAAAUACAAAGUUUAGGUGAACAAAGAUUCAAUCAUCCAUUGAAGCCUGUUCAACGUUACACAAAAUCACAGUGAAGUCACUGUUAAAAAUGUUUUACCGGCCCCAUGUUCCACAGUUGAAAACAGCUGCUUAUUCAUGGUAUAUUACCACAUGUUGUAUAUAUUUCUUCCUUGAAUGAAUUGAAUGCUUGUAGCAGGUGCCUGGGGUUUCAAAUGAUUCAGAUUUAAUUUAUUUUUGUGUGUGUAAUAAGUGUUUGACCACAGUAUUUCAUUUUGCUACAUUAGUCAGUUUCAAUCUAAUUGAUAAUUAAAGUCAAAGUUUUCUACAUUUUCAAGCAUAUUUAAUUUUCAAAAGUGGAAUUAUUUAAUUAACAUUUUCUUCCAUUGUCAUAAUUUGAUUUACUCAAGCAUGAACAUGUGUUACAAUGAUUUUGAGUUAAAAAAGCAAUUUAAAAAAAAAUUAAAGUCUUCUAUAUAUUCUUUUGACAUAAUAAAUUUAGAAAUAGUAUAAAUAAUAUAUUCACACAUGGAACCUGUGUUGAGCUGAUAAGAUGAAGUAUUGCUUUUUUUUUUUUUUAAAUACCUUGGUGAAGUUUGUUUCUUUUAGUACUGGGUAUUGGUGUAGCAUUUUUUUUAAAUGACACCUUAAUUAUACUUAGGAUCUCAUUUAGAAUUUAAUUAGUCAUUCAUUUCAUUUUGAAGAUAUCCAUUCUAUUUGUUGUUAAUGUUUAAUUGUUAUAACUUUUGAAAAACUAGUCAGUAAUAGCUUCAUGAAUUAUGAAUAAAUGUAGACUUAAAGCAAUGCAAGCACAUUUAUUUUGCUCUUUGAUUUGAUUGCAACAACCCGAUAGCAAUAUUUCUGCCCUUGACUACAAAAUUAGCUUCUGGAUUUGUUGUAGAUUUUUUAAUAAACUUUUUGUUGAAUGUUUUUGAAGGUAGACUGUUCAACAUAAAUAAAUGUUAACCAUUGUUUUACAUCAUUUUACUUGCAUUGUAUGAAUUUUUGUUUCUUAAUUGUAAUAUUUUGUUGAAGUGAUUUUAACAAAGCCAAACAAUCUUGAAGAGAAAUGUGAAAUGAUUUUAUGUAAAUUUGGUAACUGUAUGUGUGAAUGAAAAUAAACAAUUGCCACUUUG